GGAGCUGACCAAGCAAGAGACGUUAGUAGCUGCGUAGAGCCACUGCAGGCGAGAACCGUUGCAGGUUGGUCGCUGUGGCGUACCAUGCAGUCUUGCAGUCAUCAUACAUACGUAAUCUACGUGCUCCUACUGGAGGCGGGACGACGUUACGUUGGUAGAACAACUUUGGGUAAUCUUAGACGCCGUCUAGCACAACACUACAGAACGAGAGCAGGGGACACGUUCACUGGACGGUACAAACCGAUUCCCGGAAAAGAGUACGUCGUCGCUCAGCGAUACGACGAGGAGGCGGCCGUGCAAGUCGAGGUAACGACGACAGUAAAACUGAUGGAGAAACACGGCGUGGAUCUGGUUAGGGGAGCUCAGUGGAGUGAUUGCGAGUUGAGUGAUGAGAGUGUGAAGGAGAUAACGACCUACAUCGAUCUCAUGAGGAGUCAAGAUUGUGAUGGUGGUGACACCGACGGACUUUCUAGCAGUAGCACCAGAAGAAGAAAGCGCAGAUCAGCGCUAGAAGAACCUGCCAUUGUGGACACUGUUGAGGAGGAGUCUACACGCGUUUCAAAUGUGGACACUACUGAGAAAGAGCCUACGCGUGCUUCAAAUUUUAAGACGCCAGAAAACAAACUCAUUGCUUUUGGCAUUCUCAUUCUACUGUGUAUGUCCCUUGUACUCUUGCAGUCAUUCGAGAUUGUGGGCUUCCCCAGAGAUCUUGCUUGAACUUUUGGUAUGGCAUCAAUGUUUGGUUUAGACUGCAUGGACUCUGGCUGUGCUAUAUAGAUCCAUUGCAAAAUUGCUGCUUAACUUCCCUACUACAUAUUAGCUCAAAUACAGUAGAAGACUAACAUACAGAUGUAUCGCUAAUGUGUGGUUCAAUAGCAGAAAUAUUUAGUGAAUUUUAUUGUAGAAUAAUUGUUUUUAUAAGGUAAUAGCAUAGAGCACAAUUGUUGGGAUUGUUUAUGUAGUAUGGUAACUGCACUUAUACACAUUUAUAAUACAGACCUGACAACCGUUACUGUAUGUACUGUCUACUUCAACCGUCAGCAUAGUGCUUACAGGUUAGAUGUACUCAUCAGUAUUAGAA